AUGACCCUUGCCGUCCCAAAGGACAGUGACCAACAUCUGUCUACUGCUGAGGUUUGUUCGUUGGUCGGGCAGCCUGAUGCGGAUACCGUCCUUCAUGUUGAGAGGCUCAGAUAUCUGCGGCAGCUAGUGGCGGGGGCCCCGAGCGAGUUGUGGGCCUUGGUGCGGUUGGAUUUGCCGUACCUCCGAGCUCUCCAGUCCUCGAUGGCUUGGCUUUACUCUUGGGUUCACCGCACCACCGACCUGCCGUGUCCCAACACCGAGCCAGAGCCGUGGACCUCUCUGAUGUGCCAGGCGCCGGGUCGCUUCAAGGGGCUAGUGCGUCGGGCUCGGGGCCUCGUUGACCCCGCUACCUACCACAAGGGCCUGUUAGAAGCUCUGCUUACCCUCGACCGCGUUGACUGUGACACGGUUUGGAGUACCAUCAAGGACUUCGUCGAACCCCUUUCGGUACUCCGUGCCACGGUGGAUUUAUGGGCGUCCACACCGUGCGUUGUCCCUGAUGUGGCGGAGGUAGCGGAGGACGUGAAGCUGAUGCUUGAUCCCCAGCCGUGCUGCGAAGAGUUCCGCGCUUCUCGUGUCUCAGGAGAGAGUGCGGAUACCUUUGCGGGGCUUGAUUGGCGGCCAUCAUGCCAGCUUCCCUUCGUCCUGACCGGGGAUGUGGCCGUGUUCCGACUUGAGGACCCCCCGCUCAAGGGAUAUGUGUAUCCCUUCACUUGCAGCUUGCCUUUGGCUGCGGCGUCGGGGUUCAUGCGUUGGUUUGAGGCUAGCUGUGAUGUCCUGGGGGCCUUCGCUCAGACGUCUGCGGCACACCCUGUGAGUCUCCACGCUUCUGCUGCUGCACUGGCAGAGCUCGAACCGGCUAGUGCUUGGCUCCUGCGUGCGGGUUUUGUACAGACCGCCUCGGGCCUCCGUUCGCCUGGUUCUUGA